CCGUGUUAUUUUUUGUAUGUAUGGAAUUCAUGAUGUGUGUACCAAGAGGCUAAAAGCACUUGCACUUCAUGUGUACGCCCUAGUAAUUCAUUGUGUUGGUAUUGAAUAAACGAUUGCACGCGCUAACAAUUUAUAUAUUUGUGGAAUUUAUGGUGGGUACGGAAGUAAAGCGCCCAGUAUCUCUCACAAUGAACGGUAGUGCCAAGCGGCGUCCCCUAAAGGCGUGUAUUCCCUGUCGGGGAAUGAAGCGCAAGUGUGACAUCCCAGAAGGUGAAACUAGGUGCACUCGAUGCAUCGGAAAAGACCUGCCAUGCGUGUCUGCCCCUAAUCGGGUCGCCAACAAGCGAACUGAUUUUGCAUAUGGGCGGUCUUGUACACGGUGCUAUCAGCUCAAACGUAGUUGCUCGGCCAGUGACACGUCUGUAUAUCCGUGUGCGCUGUGUAGCCGGCAAAAUGCAAAAUGCGAACAACGGCAGACAAAACACUGUAAGAAAACACGCACUAAAGACUCGAAAGAGGCUAAUUUAGUUGAAACACGGUUGUCUCUGGCUAUGAAUGCGAGCUACGAGAGCUUGAAAGGAAUGGAUCCUGAUACGCUUCCGGAAGCGUUUGGACUAGAUUAUGGCUCUUCCAGUACAUGGGCCCUACUUUACUUCCCUCGGGACAUCUCUCCUUUGUCGGUGGAGUUCCUAUACCAAGCGAGAGUGGUCAAUUGUCGCCUACGUGAUAGUAAUUUUACAAAAAAAUUCUGUGACACGAUCGUAGGCCAAACACUGAUAGAGCUCAAUACAAAGACCGAAGCUCAGUACCAGCAAUUACUGCCGCAUAUGAAAGGGAAACCAGGGCCCCCAAGGCGAACGCAAAUGCUGGAGUUGACACAGAUUAUAGACAACAAGAUAUGUUCUGUGGUACUUACGCAUCUGCACGACCACACCGGGGUUGCUCGGUUACAAUUUGCGCGCUUGUUCGUGCUCGACCUGAACUAUCUUAAAAUAGACGAAGCACUGACUGCAUUGCCCUUUGAGACGACACUCAUGACACACUCGAGCAUGUCGUCCAACGCGUCUAGCUGUGCCUCCGAGUACAACCAACAGGAGAGAGUUGCAAAUAGUAUCUCGUCGAUGGGCUAUCCCUCAGUCCAGACACGGGGCAUGCUCUCCCAGACCUUUUCGACGGACAGUGGUAUACACGGCUGUAGUGAUACGGCCAUCGGUGCAAAUAACAGGAUACUGCCAACUACCAGUAACGUUCAGCCUGGUGUUAUACCCCCUGGUGUGCAGAUGGAUGCCUGGCUUGACAUGUUGGAGUCGAAUCUGGGCAACGAGAACUGGUUCCCAACCGUGGAUCUGAUUGCACUUGCCAGGCAGGACCAGAAUAUAUACCAUCAAUUGCCAGAUGUUAUACCGUCCAUAGACUACAAUAGCACAUUUUUAGGCUAAGUUACGCUGACCGCAUUAGGCGGUUGUUUUUAUUUGAAGCAGGGGUCUGAAUAGGCCGAGAAGAAGUAGAUAUAACACAAACAAAUAAUUAUAAUAAAUUAAAGUUGUUUAUUUAGACUUGAC